AUGAGGCUCGGAGCACAACUCACAUUCCUGGCCUUCUGGAGCCAACAAGUGGCAGCCGUGACAUACAUCCAGAAGUCGCAGUACUGUGUCUCGGCAUGUUCAACGGCACUACAACACGUCUCUUUCGGAGGCCAGAUGCCAGCGAUGAUGGCUCCUGCAGUUCCAUGUACCAGUCAACUUUACAUUGAUUCUCUCUUCUAUUGUGCAGCGACGUACUGCACUGAGAAACAGGUGGAUUCGGGGCUGAGCUACAGUAAUGAGACCUGCAAGUCAGAAGCCGGACAAGCCCUACCCAGCUACACAGCGUUCAAGGCCAACCAGUAUCCCAUGUCGAUCGCGAGAGUUCAGAGGAUAUCUCAAAAGGAAGCAAAAACCAAGACCGACGAACCUGUUCUUCCCGAUCGAGGCCUCUUCGAUCUGGGCUAUGCGUCGACUUCUGCGACGAACAAAAGCGACUAUUUCAACUGGACAUUCACCUGGGCUUUGUAUGGAUAUUGGGGCCUGGUCAUAGUCGUUGGAAUGGUCAACCGCAUCGUACAAUUUGGACGCCAUCGCAGGAGUCCUCAGCCCGAUCUCAUUCGAGGCAAGGUUAUUGAGCGUCAAUCGGGAUCGACCAUUGCUCGGGCUCACAGAGCAGUUCGUCGAAGUCUGCUGAUGCCUUUGGCUUUUGGCAAUAGAGAUGGGAAAACGCCGAAGUGGGCAGCGAUUCCGUCGAGGACAGAGGCACUGCUGGUCGCGACUUACGUCGUGAUGAAUAUUGUUUUCAUGUUCCCGGGCUACGAUCUUGUUGAAGGCAACUUGAACUCUCCGGAGAAGAGGAUGCAGCUAGGUCAUUAUGUCUGCAAUCGAGCGGGUACCUUGGCUCUUGCCAAUAUUCCUAUCAUCUGGGUGUUCGCUGCUCGAAACGAUCCUCUGCUGUGGUUGACUGGUUGGUCAUACGCUACUUACAGCCAGUUCCACCGAUGGUCCGCCAGGAUUGCUACCUUACUCGCUAUCGUUCACGCUUCCGGAUAUUCCAUUCUGGAUACCUGGCAGGGACGCUACCUAACGGCGUGGACAGUUGAGUUCUGGUACUGCGGGGCGAUUGCUGUGGUAUCCAUGUCCGUUCUCGUUGGGUCUUCGAUAUAUAUGGUCCGCAAGCGUUGGUACGAUGUUUUCCUCGUCCUCCACAUUUCGUUCGCCGUGGUACUGUUGGUUGCGCUCUGGUUCCACCUCAAGAUUCACAAUGGGGCUUACAAUGGCUACAUCUGGCCUGCCGUAGCGAUCUGGGCGCUUGACCGAUUGCUGCGCAUUUCACGCGUCGCAUACUUCAGCCUCAUACCGAGCAUCAAAGGGGUCCAGGCUACCGCGGAAUGGGACGAGUCGAAGGAUCUUGUUCGUUUGGACGUCACGGAUUUCUUCAAGAAUACAAAGACGACACCUGGUGGUUUCUACUACGUCUACGAGCCGGGUAGAAUCCGCGGGUAUGAAUCUCAUCCUUUCACGCUGUGUAGUUGGAACUAUCCCAAUCCAACGUCGACCAAGGGGUCCGAAACGUCUUCGAUGGAGGAGAAGCGCGAAGACUAUGAUGCGAACCUCCGCGCGGAGUUCAAAGACGUCGAAUUGGGCGUCGAUAAAGUCAUCACAAACGAGACAAUCCCAGACACAAGAGGAUCCAACGACGCUCGCCACACGUUCCUCAUUCGACCCAAAGAUGGCUUUACUCAGCGUCUUCGACACAAACAUUCGAAACAAUUCCAUGUUCUCCUCGAAGGACCUUAUGGUCUGGAGCUAUAUAUGCACCAAUACGCGGCAGUGGUCAUGAUCGUCGGUGGCUCAGGCAUCACGGCAGCCGUGUCGCGUACAUAUUCCCUCCUUCGAAAGACAGCGCCACCAUACGUGCGGCUCGUCUGGGUGGCGCAGAAGCAGGCUACGGUCGAUGAUGUCUGCGCUAAUGAGCUCAGUGGCGUCUUGGGGAACUCGCGGUUCAAAAUGGAUGUCUUUUUGACUUCUGAUGAGACUAAAGGAGUCCCUUUGAACGAUGUUCCAUAUGGGCUUCACUCAGGACGACCGAAUGUCGAUGUGAUUCUGGAUGAAGAGCGGGAUAAAUGUGCGGGGAGUAUGGCAGUCUUCUGCUGUGGACCGCCUGGUCUUGACGCUAGUGUGAGGAAUUCAGUGGUGAGGUUGUUGCGGGAGGAUGGGCCGCAUGUUGCGUUUCUUGAAGAACGUUUCUCGUGGUGA